GAAUUAUUCUUCGGCAUCUCUUCCUUCCUCUCUUUCCCCAUCCUUUUUCUUUCUCUUUUUUUCCUUCCUGACCCUUCUUCAUUUUACCUUAUUGUGAAGGGUUCAGCAGCAGAUAGAUCCGGUAGCUUUUCCGAAUUAUUUCCGCUAACCUAACCUUUUCGAUCUGUUACUAUGACUUCAGUCGUGAAGAUUGAAGGCGAACAACUCCCCGCCAACGAUUUUCAGGAUUUAUCCCUCAAAGAUAAGAGUGAAAUGCGAAGUGAAGCAGAGAUCCUCCAGGUGGGAUCUGAGAACCACGGGGGAAUCUGUGCGAUUUGCCUGGAUAAGAUUGUACUGCAGGAAACUGCGCUCGUUAAAGGUUGCGAGCAUGCUUACUGUGUAACAUGCAUUCUUCGAUGGGCCACGUAUCGCCCAAAGGGCACCUGCCCGCAGUGUAAACAUCCAUUUGAGUUUCUUAAUGUCCAUCGCUCCCUUGAUGGCAGGCUUCAUGACUAUAUGUUUGAGGAAAGCGUCUGCCUACUUCUUAGAGCUUCAUGGUUCAAACCUUUAAAUGUAGAAGAUCAUGCUGAGCAUGAAGAUAUGUAUACGUAUGAUGACAUUGAGGAUUAUUAUUAUGAAUACGAGGAUGAGGAAGAUGACUUAGAUGAAGCUUAUUAUGGCGGCUCAUCAAGCAUCCGCAUCGGUAACCGGAGGUGGGGAGACAAUGGCUAUGUUAGGGCUGGUCGGCAACAAGCUAGGCCAGUCUAUCAACCUAAUAAUUCCCAGAGCUCAGGGGCAAGUUCAUCCCGUGAGCCGAAGAACAAAGAGGUUGUUAAAGGGGCUACAGCUGGACGACGAGCGAAGCGAGCACAGAAACGGGAGGCGGCUGAUAAGGCUGCUGCGGCAAAGCAUCAGCAGCAUCUAAUGAGGUUGGGAAGGAAGUGAUUCUAUUUUAUUCUGAAGCAAAACCAAACCUGGAAACGCUUCCCUCUCCCCAUCUUAGUCUUUUAUGUAUUUCUUUUAAUUCUUUUGUACAGUGAAUGUGGCUUUAAAUCUGUAAAGCAAUGUAUCAAUUAGGGGAAAGAUGUUUUAAGAAUAAUGGGGGUUGCUAGGUGGUUGGUUGGCUGGCUGGCUGGUUUUUAUUUAGUUGACUCAUUAUCUCAAUGCAGUCCUUAGUUGUACAUAAUUCAAGUUGAACAAGGUAGGCUUCUUAUUAACAACUCAUUCUCCCAUGUGUUCGUUCUUU